AUGGAUACCCUCCUCCACACCCCCACCUCAAUGGCGAAACGCCCUUGCUCUUUUUCUUCCUCUCCUGCUCCUCUGAACCCUAACAAACUCCCGAACAUGAAGAAUCAAAUCGAUAACCUCCUCCAAACUUUUCUUAACCUUGCUGACUCUCCUUCUCUCUCUAUCGACCGCUCCUUUGAGCAUCUCCUCGACUCCUCCCCUUGCGAUGCUGAUCAAUCUCUUCUCAUCGAUCGCGCCCUUAAACUAGGGUCUCUGCUUCUCGAAGCCGGCAAGCGCUCUGCUAGAAAACGCUCUUCCGUUCAUAAUUCACUCACUUGGGCUCUCCCUCCCGAUCUCACCAUCAAGGUAUUUUCCAUGCUCGAUACACAAAGCCUGUGCUAUGCUGCUGCUGCUUGUUCAAUGUUCUACAAAUGUGCCAUGGAUCCCUUGUGCUAUGCCGAUAUUGACUUGACGACUGUUGUCCCAAAAGUUAACAAUGCAGUUGUGUCUACGAUGAUCCAAAGGGCUGGAAAAGCGCUCCGGUCUCUUAAGCUUGGUAUAGUUCCAGGUCCGACUAUGACUCGUGGAUCUUGUCAACCAUUGGUCUAUGGUAUCAGGAAUGCAGUAGAAGUAUCUAACUUUUCAUGGAAUGAUAAAAAGACCAGACAGGGGAAGGAGUCAUCCAUUCUUAGUAGAUACUGCUUAAAUCCAUUAAGUGGGGACAAUGGUGCUGCUGGGGCUGUUUUGAGAGGGUUGCAUCUAUACAAUAUUGAAAGACUUGACAAUACAUCGCUUUGUGGGGCAUUGUCAGCCUGCCCAUCUCUGCUUGAUCUGGAAAUAAUUGGCCUACAUGUUGAUUUGAGGCAAACAUUGGUGUCAGUGAGCAUGAAUUGUCCCUUGAUAGAGCGUUUGUUUUUUGAAUCUUCAAAAACAGGAAGAGAUGACAGUUUGAAAUCGCCAACCUGUGUGGAUCUCGUAAAUAAUUGUCCAAAUUUAACUUCAUUGGCUCUUAGAGGCUUCAAGCUGUAUGAUUAUAAACUUCGCAUACUCGUUAAGCUAGAAGUUGCCCGAUUAUUAACAUCAGUUCUUACUGGGGACUUCAAAUUUCUUAGAUAUCUGGAUAUAUCAAAUAGGGAAGGUUUGGCUGCUGCAGGUGAUUCAUAUGGCAGAUGUUACAGUUCAAGUAUCAUUCCUAUGAAGCAGGUAUUAGAAGAAAGGUCUGAUAUUUGUUUGCUAGCAGAAUUUCCAUCAGAAGGAAGUUUUAUCGACAUCGAGCAAAUGACAGAUAGCGAUCUCAAUAGUGUGAUUAGCCUGUCCUCACAAUCGAGCAGCCAUGCAUCAGAUGGUUUGUCAUUCAUGUGUACAUCUGAAAGCAACUAUAGUAGCGAUCAGACUAGUGGGAAUGAGGAGGGUAGAGAUUCUGGUUAUGUUGUUUGUGAGGAGAGCUCAGAUGAGUUCGAUUAUCUGCUUGGCUAG